UCGUCAAAUGAUCCUCAUUUAUGCAAAACGAAGGUACUGGAAAAAAUAUAUUUAAGGUCUGUGGCUCCUCCUCUGAGAUCCCCCUCCUGACUGUGAUGCAGAGGAGGGGCUGAGUCCUCCUCUCCAGUAGACCAUCCCUGCGCUGUUCAAUUCUUGUCUUCAGAAGAGACUUUUCUUUUUUGAAUAUCCGCGCUGCGGCCAUUCCCAGGCUGGCGCGCGACCAGCAGCCGAGGCCCGGGCGGCGAGGGGGGCGGCGAGGCGGGCGGCGCGGUGCAGAUCGCCGGGAGGCGCACGCCCCGCGAGGGACGGCGCCUGCGAGCCACAGCGCCCGCAGGUGACGGCGACCGCGAGUGACCGCAGCUCGCCCGCAGGUCCCGGGCGCGGCACCGGGCGUGCACCCCGGGGCGGCUCGGCCCGCUUCGCGCGUGGCCGCGGCCGACUCCGCAAGUCCCGGUACGGCUCCGUGCUACCUAGGGCACCGACUCCGCCGGGCCCGAAACAGCUGCGCUCUGAUGUGCCUGCCGCCCGCCGGAAAAUCGGCCCCGCGCGGAGGCCGCUCCUGCCCCGCAGGCCUUCAGCCCCAGGCGCCCUGAGGAACCUAGGGAGAAGCUGCCAGCGGGGACCGAGCGACGCCCGGCUGCAACGCGAAACGCCUGAGGAAGUUUGUCCCCUUCUGCGCGCUGUAUCGCCCGGUGUGGGAGCGCGCGGACAUGGGCGAGACCAUGUCCAAGAGGCUGAGGCUGCACUUGGGCGGGGACGCAGACAUGGAGGAGCGGGCGUUUGUCAACCCCUUCCCGGAUUACGAUGCCGCCGGCGCCGCGGGGCUUGCGGCCGGAGCGGCCGAGGAGACAAGCAGCGCCCGGCUCCCGUCUGUCGCCGACGAGCUUGGCCUCCCUUUCCACUCAGACGGGAAGAUCAUUCAAAAUUUCACUAGGAGGAUCCAGACCAAAAUCAAAGAUCUUCUACAACAAAUGGAAGAAGGGCUGAAGACAGCUGAUCCUCAUGAUUGCUCUGUUUAUACUGGUUGGACAGGCAUAGCCCUCCUAUACCUGCAGCUGCACCGGGUCACUGGUGACCAGACUCACCUGCUGCGAUCCCUGGAUUAUGUCAAGAGAACGCUUCGGAAUCUGAAUGGCCGCAGGGUCACUUUUCUCUGUGGAGAUGCCGGGCCGCUUGCAGUCGGAGCUGUGGUCUAUCAUAAACUCAAGAGUGACUGCGAGUCCCAGGAAUGCAUCAUAAAACUUUUGCAGUUGCAUAGAACCAUUGUCUGCCAGGAGUCUGAGCUCCCUGAUGAGUUGUUAUAUGGACGGGCAGGGUAUCUAUAUGCCUUACUGUACCUGAACACGGAGAUUGGCCCAGGCACCGUGUGCGAAUCUGCUAUUAAAGAGGUAGUCAGUGCUAUUAUUGAAUCAGGCAAGACUUUGGCAAGGGAAGAAAGAAAAGCUGAGCGCUGUCCCUUGUUGUAUCAGUGGCACAGGAAGCAGUAUGUUGGAGCAGCCCAUGGCAUGACUGGCAUCUACUACAUGUUAAUGCAGCCAGCAGCAAAAGUCAACCAAGAAACCUUGACAGAAAUGGUCAAGCCUAGUAUCGAUUAUGUGCGCCACAAAAAAUUUCGAUCUGGGAAUUAUCCAUCUUCAUUAAGCAAUGAAACAGAUCGCUUGGUGCACUGGUGCCAUGGUGCCCCUGGAGUCAUCCACAUGCUCAUGCAAGCCUAUAAGGUUUUUAAGGAGGAGAAGUAUUUGAGAGAUGCCAUGGAGUGCAGCGACGUGAUUUGGCAGCGAGGUCUUCUCCGGAAAGGUUAUGGCAUCUGCCACGGUACUGCUGGGAAUGGCUACUCUUUCCUAUCCCUUUACCACCUCACGCAGGACAAGAAGUACCUCUAUCGAGCCUGCAAGUUUGCAGAGUGGUGUCUGGACUACGGAGCGCACGGGUGCCGCAUCCCUGACAGGCCCUACUCCCUCUUUGAAGGCAUGGCCGGAGCUAUUCACUUUCUCUCCGAUAUCCUCACGCCAGAGACAUCACGGUUUCCCGCGUUUGAACUUGGCUCUGCCCAGAGGGAUUAAAAAGGUGCAAUAAAACAACUAAAUUACCUUUUGGACCAAAAGCCUCCAGAUUGUCCAGUGCCUGACACAGCCAACUGUGAAUCCUGAAAGAAAAAAGGCAGACACCUUUCCAGGCCCCUUUGCUAUAGAGACUUUCAAGUUAGAGCAUGAGUGUCAGAAGCCAUUCCAUCAGCGUUUGUGACAGUGUUGCCCUGUGUGUGUGAUAGGAGUUUCUCACAUUGGUUCCUAUAGUGUCUGCAUGGUCCUUCGUGUUGUCUGUAAGUGUGAGUUGUUCUCUUCACACGCGCAAGGCUGAGCUUGCACAGUUCUAUUGGCCGCCAUGUUUCUGUGUAUAAUGCAUAAGGGCGUUGUCCAUGGACAGGCAGGAACUGUCAGGAGACGUCUCUUAUAUAUUAGAAAGAUCAUCAAGGGCGGCAUUCUAGUAAGAAGGCCUUGGUGGUUUCCAUGGGUACCUUUCUAAAGAAUGUGAAGGAAAGACCAAUCCAAACACGGAAGGAACAGUAGACAAGAGGGCAUCUGCUGGCACGUUUGGGGAAGGCACUUUUAGGGGCACCUCCCUCCACUGUGUUGGGCUGGCCUUGGGUUGUCAAGAGGUGGGACUCCAUCAGUGGCCCUGUUAUUUCCUGAACCUUACAUGAAGUUCACAAGGCUCCUUGGCACGAGGUGCUAGGCAGUCAUGGGUGGUGAACUUUACAAUACCAUGCUGACCACACCGUAAGUAGCAAUGACUUAAUGGUGGUAAAUGUAGAACAUUCACCUGGGUGUAUUUUAUUACAACAGAUCCCAUUGCAGUUUUACCAACUGAUAACUUAAUUAUUUUAAGAACAGUGAAUGAAUUGGAAAGGGGUGAUAGAGCACCAAAAAGUUUAAAGUGAGCUUAGCUGCAAGUGCAUAGAUUUAGUUGAGGAUUGUCCUCAGUAUAAAUUUGGAAUAAAUACAUUCCUUAUUUUUGUGUACUUCAGAGGAAUAAAAUCAGAAGUACUCAUCUGCAUUUGUACGUAUGAGGAGCAACAUUAAUGUUCUAACAAGAAAAUUAGAGCAUGAUCUGGGUGACACUUUCUUAAAACGGAUAAUUUCAAUUAGCACCCCCACACACACUUAGUAAGUCUGUUGUGUAGAAUUCUGUUUUAGAAGAGUUUUUAUGUCAUCGGGUAUAAGUAGCCAAGAAAUUUCUGAGAACUUCAUCUGAGCAAGGUAAGGUGCUCAUUGCAGAAUACAAGACUUGGCUUGGUCCUUGUCUACAGGGGGCAUUUAAGGAUUCAUCAGACCUGGUUUCCAAUUAUUUUGUAAAGGGAGGAGAAUAAUAACCCAUUUUGAAGAGCAGUUGCUUUUGCUCAUGUGCAGUUUUCUGGGCAUUGCUAAAUCGAAUGUGUGGAUCUGUCUCUCUGAACGUGUGACCUUCAGUUUCUAAGGGAUGCCCUUGAGUCUCCUCACUGCAGGAAGCCCUGUGUCUGAGUCACAGUUUCCUUCAUGUUAGCUUGGUGAUUUGACCCUCAUGAUUAAGCUUUAAGUGACUUCCUGCUAGUCGAUGGCUUUUCAGAGGAGCUCAGCACCCCAUUCUAGCUGGUGGGAAUGUUUUGCAGAGUCUUAUCCAACAGCAUAGUUCCCACCCACGUCACCAAAGAAUGACACAGACAGAGCUUGCUGAAGAGGCCCUGACUGUCUCCUGUCUGGGGAAGCGAAGUGUGGGGCUCACCGAAUCCCUGGGCUCUUGGCCAGCCCUUCUCUGCGAGGAGGCCACUGGGGACUCUUAGCCAAGUUGACUCUUAGCUCCCUGGGCAUCUACCAGGUGCACUUGCUCCUGUGCAUGUGUGCAAAUCUGCUCACCUUUCUGUCCAACAUGCUAAGAAAAAGAUAAAAUACCUGUGGACUAAAUUGAGAUUUUAUUUUCAGAGUUUUAAAAGCCUGCUGAGAUGACAUGUUGCUCCUUAUCCACUAGAUACUGGCAGAUGUGUGGUUCUAGGAUUCUACAUGGACCUGCUUCCUCCUGUCUGUCAUAUGGGCUGCUAUGCCUUCAGGGCCAGCUGCCAGUUCCUACAGGCAGGGAAGAAGUGGCACCACAUAGGAUGGGGGGGGGGUAACACAGAUAUCCAUUUACCCGUUCUAAGUAUUCAAGAUCAGAUUUCAAAGCAUCUCAUGUCCAUUUAUUGAACUUGUUUGUGUUCACAACUGUGUUCUCCAGAAUGUGUUUAAAAUGUAAAAGUGUGUACAUACACAAUACCAUUUUAAACUCUGAAGGAAAGAAAUUGAUGUCCACAAAAGUGUUUAGGAUUCUUUGGUUUUGUUAGUAAAAACAAAAAACAAAACAAAACA